AUGGCGGAAUACCAACUCCUAACAUUCACUAAUAAUUUCGACACGGGAAAUGUUUCUGAAAUAAGAGGUACAUACCAAGGAACUUGUUGGCUAUCGACGGCGGGAGGGGCCAUCUAUGCAUUCGUUGGACCUGCAUUGGCCGUUAUUGUUAUCAACACCAUUCUGUUGGGCAUCGUUCUUCGAGAAAUCAGAAGAAUCAUCGAUCGAGAUAUAACAAAAAUCGAGGUGUCUAAAGCAAAAACUACUGCGAAAACCCUCCUUGUCUUCAUUCCUAUCAUGGGGGCGCCCUGGGUGUUUGGAGUUCUGGCUAUCAACGGAGACACCCUCGUAUUCGACUAUCUCUUCACAGCAUUGACGAGUUUCCAGGUGAGCAAUCAGAAAGAGCUUUUCGCUCCAAGGUUUCCAAGAGACGGAAAGUUGAUCCAUUCUCAAACAGCAGAGGGCGCACUAAUCCUUCAAGCAGCGGUGCCACCUCAACAACCGUGA